AUGGUCUAGUGGUUAGGACAUCGGACUCUGAAUCCGAUAGCCCGAGUUCAAGUCUCGGUAGGACCUUUUUCCCUUCUAAAAAGCAACUUUUAUCCUUUUGCGUUCUCUCAAACCUCAACCACUAGACCACAACAAAGGAGUAAGGAGUGUGGAGUGUGUGUGUGUUGGAGUGUGGGUAGAACAAAAAAUGAAGACAUUUGUAUGUUCAUCACCUUCUCCAUCCCUCUUCUUCGUCAAUAAUCAUCACUCUAAUUCUUCUUCUUCUCAGUUUUUACAGUUGAAAUCUACCCACCAACAUAAUAAAGUUUCCCCUUUUAUCUGUUUGUCUUCUUCAACUUCUUUUUCUUCAUCUGUUGUUGAUGAACAACAAGAUUCUCCACCACCAUCCUCUUCAAUUUCUGAAUCUUUUGAUGAUGAUAACAGUGACCUUGAUGCUUUCCCUUUGAAUUUUAGUGGUUGUAAGGCUUGUGGAAGAGAGGAGAUAGAAAGAGGUUGCAAUGGUGAUGGUCGGAUCCAAGGUGGGAUUGCUACAGUCCCCGGUUUUGGUUGGUGGCCGAUAAAGGCUUAUAGGCCUUGCCCUGGUUUUGUUGCAUCGGGUGGAAACUACAGACGACGUGGUCAAAGCAUGGAUGAAGUGGCAUUUGGUGGUGGCAAAGGGGGAACUUCCAUGGAUGAUUUGGAUGAACUCUCAGCAAAGUAUCUGUUUAACAAACAACACUGGAUGAAGAAUUACACGCAUUUGCUAGUUUUAAGCUAGUUGUUUAAGUCAACUAAAAGGAAGAAAGGAAAAAAUAGAAGGCAGUUCAAGGGUUAGUAAACCAUCAGCAAAUUGAUCUGUAUUCUAUGCUGUGGUGUUGGAUUGAUGUGAAAAGGGAUUGCUUUUGGAAAUUUUCACUGAAGUCUAGUGGAGAAAGCCACUGGUGAAAUUUUGUAAAUUGUCAUUAAUAUAAAGAAUAUAUAGCUUAACCCUCCACAUUAGGGGAAUACUUUGUUCUAAACAUUAUGUUUCCAUUUUAACAAUUUCAAAAUCUCUAAUAAUUAUGUUCUUUUUAUUCUUGAUUGAA